AUAUUUUUUAAUUUUAUUGUUCAAUAUUUUUUCAGUUUGGAUAUAAUAAUAAUAGUAAUAGUAAGAGAGAUUGUUUCUUUUUAUUGCAGAGGGGAUUGAAUUUUUCAAGUUGAACCCCAUUUGCUAGAAUGAAAUUUGUCUAGAAAACCAACUUAAAUUCAGUGGCCUGCCUCUGUGUUGUCAUCAUGUUCACUUCUAAACAGGAUUUUAUGAAUAAUUUUAAGUACAGAAUAAGACAGAAAAUGAAAAAGGAUACAAGGUUUCAAAAAUGGAGGAAAAUUCAAGCCAAUUGGCAGAAGCAAUAGCAUCACCCCAAACCAUGGAAGCUGGUGAAGAAGAAAGAGACCCAGAAACCACUUCUCUCCAACAGCCACUCCUCAAGAGAAAUAGAACUCUAUCUUCCAAUCCAUUAGCCUUGGUUGGAGCUAAAGUCUCUCACAUAGAGAGCUUGGAUUAUGAGAUCAAUGAGAAUGAUCUUUUCAAGCAUGAUUGGAGAAGCAGAUCCAAAGUUCAAGUUCUGCAAUAUAUUUUCCUGAAAUGGACCCUCGCCUUUCUUGUUGGACUUCUCACUGGCUUAAUUGCCACCUUAAUCAAUCUUGCAGUUGAGAACAUCGCUGGCUACAAGCUUCUUGCUGUCGUUCAAUUCAUAGAGAAUGAAAGGUAUUUAACAGGGUUGGCCUAUUUCACUGGGGCUAAUCUUAUUUUAACAGCGUUUGCUGCUGUUUUGUGUGUGUGUUUUGCACCCACAGCUGCAGGGCCAGGCAUACCUGAAAUUAAAGCUUAUCUCAAUGGAAUAGAUACUCCCAACAUGUUUGGAGCCACAACAUUGAUUGUUAAGAUAUUUGGAAGCAUUGGAGCCGUCGCUGCUGGCCUAGAUUUAGGAAAAGAAGGACCUUUGGUACAUAUCGGCAGCUGUAUUGCUUCCUUGCUAGGCCAAGGGGGACCAGAUAAUUACCGUCUCAAGUGGCGCUGGCUUCGCUACUUCAACAAUGACAGAGAUCGCCGAGACAUCAUCACCUGCGGUGCUUCUUCAGGUGUUUGUGCAGCCUUCCGAGCUCCAGUGGGCGGUGUCCUGUUUGCUCUUGAAGAGGUAGCAACAUGGUGGAGGAGUGCACUUCUCUGGAGAACAUUCUUCAGCACAGCUGUAGUGGUGGUGGUGCUCAGGGCAUUUAUAGAAAUCUGCAAUUCAGGGAAGUGUGGGCUAUUUGGAAGAGGAGGGUUGAUCAUGUUUGAUGUGAGUGAUGUUACUGUGAGUUACCAUGCUAUCGAUAUUAUCCCAGUAAUCAUAAUUGGCAUACUUGGAGGUGUUUUGGGAAGCCUUUACAACUACCUUCUUCACAAGGUCCUCAGACUCUAUAAUCUCAUCAACCAGAAAGGAAGAAUGCACAAGCUACUACUCAGUCUAACACUUUCACUCUUUACCUCGGUUUGCCUAUUUUGUCUCCCAUUUCUUGCCAAAUGCCAACCUUGUGAUCUCUCCACAACAGAGGCAUGCCCUACCAAUGGGCGAUCAGGCAACUUCAAACAAUUCAAUUGUCCAAAGGGCUACUAUAAUGACCUUGCUACACUCCUCCUUACCACAAAUGAUGAUGCUGUCCGAAACAUCUUCUCCUCCAACACUCCCAAAGAACUUCAGCCUGCAUCCCUGCUCAUUUUCUUUGCACUCUAUUGUGUUUUAGGACUAUUUACUUUUGGCAUUGCUGUGCCCUCAGGUCUCUUCCUCCCUAUAAUACUUAUGGGGUCAGCUUAUGGCCGUCUGCUCGGUGUCGUCAUGGGAUCCUAUACCAAUAUCGACCAGGGGCUUUAUGCAGUUCUUGGUGCAGCCUCACUAAUGGCUGGCUCGAUGAGGAUGACAGUUUCACUGUGUGUAAUUUUCCUUGAACUCACCAACAACCUCUUAUUACUUCCCAUAACAAUGAUAGUCCUCCUAAUAGCCAAAACAGUGGGAGAUAGCUUCAAUCCAAGUAUCUAUGAAAUUAUACUGCACUUAAAAGGCCUACCUUUCUUGGAUGCAAAUCCUGAGCCAUGGAUGAGAAAUCUCACUGUCGGUGAGCUUGCUGAUGCCAAAUCACCAGUGGUUACUCUUUGUGGAGUGGAAAAGGUUUCCCGGAUUGUAGAUGUCCUCAAAAAUACCACAUACAAUGGGUUCCCUGUUGUAGAUGAGGACGUGGUAUCACCUGUGGGACAGGCCACAGUGGCAACUGAACUUCACGGAUUGAUACUGAGAGCUCACCUUGUUCAGGUGCUCAAGAAGAAGUGGUUCCUGCAAGAGAGAAGAAGAACAGAAGAGUGGGAAGUAAGAGAGAAGUUUACGUGGGUUGAGCUGGCUGAGAGGGAAGGGAAGAUUGAAGAGGUGGCAGUAACAAGGGAUGAAAUGGAAAUGUAUGUUGAUCUGCAUCCUCUCACCAAUACAACCCCUUACACGGUCGUAGAGAGCAUGUCAGUGGCAAAAGCCAUGGUGCUCUUCAGGCAAGUAGGGCUUCGCCACUUGCUCAUUGUUCCCAAGUAUCAGGCAGCAGGGGUAUCUCCGGUGGUUGGAAUCUUGACUAGGCAAAAUUUAAGGGCAUACAACAUCUUGACUGCCUUCCCUCAUUUGGCCGGAUCCAAUUGCAGAGAAAAGAGGAACUAAAUUUAUCAGUCAAAUAAAUGAUAAUACAAGCU